AUGACCUGGACGCAAACCGAGUCGCCAGCCCUAAACUUCAGUUUAGAAAGAGAACCGCCUGAAAACUCGGAAAUCCUCUAUUCUAUCCGAUGGCUGUGGGGCUCCGUUGCACAGCUCGUUGCAUUUGUACAAGCGUUACACAAAGUCCUAGGCAUAUUCCUGUUUCCUUCUAAAGAUCGCCUCCGUGCGGUCUGUUUGCUUGUCCCGACCUAUGUUCUACAAGACCUCUCUCGCAUCUUCGCAACUAUUCGCAAAAGCGCCUAUUCCCUCAUUCUGCGAUGGAACGGGUUCAUCGAAGAUACUCAGAACUGCACAAGACAGCGAUGGCUCGCUUUCUUAUGGAGAGCCGUCCAGGCAAUAUACGAGUCCAUAAGCGCUUUUCUCCUAUCUUUUACUAUGUGUCGAUUCUACGCAGUCUGCAUCCUCCUUCCUGUCUAUAUUUCGCAGCAGCUUUAUCGUCGUCUGCCAACAAUUCCUCGAAACUUCCGCUGCCUUAUCUCCCGGUGGAAUAAGCUCAUCGGCGAUACAGAAGCAUACAGACGGCAGGGCUCGGUGCAGGCUCAACUCCAGCUGGAAGGGAAAUAUAUUUUCCCUGAAACUGAGGUCAUUCGAGUCAAUCUGUCUGGGAAAAUGUGGAUAAAUGGGAUCUCGUGGCACGACAAUGUUGAAGAGUUUGUUGUCUGUGGGGCAAGAGCCAGAUACAUUCAUCUACGGCCGACUGCGAACGGUGCUGCGAAUGGCAGCCAUUCGAGGAAAAGGCCCAUCGUAUUUCUACACGGGAAUAGGGGUUGGAGCUAUAUGUGGAGAAAGGUUAUGGCCAAACUUCUCCUAGAAGGGCACGAGCUUUUUGCUCUCGAUUGGCUCGGCCAUGGACUGAGUGACAAGCCUGUCCAACGGGAUGCUAUGACAUUCGAGCUGCAUAUUCGGACAUUGACUGCCUUUGUCAACCAUGUCGAGCUUGAUAAUGCUAUCUUGGUAGCGCACCACUGGGGCGGAUGCGUGGCUCUGUCAGCCAUCCCUUCCCUCCCCUCAUCGUCAAUCAGCGGCCUUUUCCUGAUCAAUUCCUUCAUACCCCCACGCCCUCGCGAGAUCAGCAUCCACUGUCACCUUCUCCACGCAGUCUGGUUCCUGCUAACCGCAGUCCUCGACGGCUAUGCAUCCCAAUCCAGCAUUGCGCGCUUCAUAUCUCCACAUAUCUCGGAGCGGGAUGUCGAAUGCUACGAGGCUCCCUACCAGGAUCUGCCUGCAGCAACCAGAUCCAGCGCCGAGCGCUUUUCCCGCCAUGCCCCUGGCAUACCACACUUUAUUUUAAGAAAACUUCGCGAAACACAAGGGUGGAAGUUAUGUGAAGGCAUCCUCGGUCCUAGGAAUUUCAGCGACUUGAACGCGCUGGCACUUUUGUCUGAAAGGGAUGACUUUGUCAGAUCCUACUGGCAAAGCAAGCGCGAGGAGGAUCUGGAUGAGGGCAUGGGGAGCAAGUUGAAAACGGCCAUUGCCUUCGGUGCGCGAGAUCCAUUGUUGAAGGAUUAUAAGGAUGUUCUGGUGCGUGUUGUUGGUAAGAAUAAUAUGGUUGAUUGGGCGCCAGACGGGAUCUGGCUCCCUAAUGCUGGGCACUAUCCUAUGGAGGAUAGCCCGGAUGAUAUUGCACAGUUGAUAGCCAGGCUGUGUUGA